AUGGCACUGGCACCGAGCUCGCCGAGGCUGCCCAGCCCUCCGCCAGCCGCAGAAAUACAAAUGACACCCAACUCACCGUCUGGCGGUGCCGCUGCGACACUCGAAACAACACAGAUGGAACAGUCUCUGCUCGAUGCCAACUCGAAGCGAAGGAUACACCCCGGCACAAAGGCGGCUGAUAUGGCGGCUGGCCCGCCACUGGUGCCUCUGAGUGAGGUAAACGCGUGCUCGCCAAAUUCCAUGCGGCCGUCCAACGCGACAUUCCAAGAGUUGCUAACAGGACGCCUGAUACAGCUAGAAUCGGCAUUCUCACUACAGGAGCACCUUGCUUCUCUGCAUUACAACCUUACAGCGCAGGGCACUCGAGCACUGACGCGCGCGACAGCCCAUCAAAUUGCACAACCGCCAACGGGCAUUGAUCGAACGUUGUGGCUCUACGAGCUUUGUCGAUUCCUCAUCUCGCAGUGCAACACUCUUAUUGUCGGGUUCUUGUUCGAUACACCACCCUGCAGCGCUGCAACCUGUCCAGAGAUGCGCGCGUCCGAGUGGCAGUUCCUCUGCGCUGUGCAUGAACAGCCCAAGAGCUGCUGUGCAAUCGAUUACUGUUGCCAUACGCUUGACUGGGCUGCCAAUGUGGUUUCGGAUCAAAAUAUCUUCCCGAGUCGAUUUGUGAUAUUAAACGACACACAGAGCAAAAAUGUCGGCCUCAAAAACCUGGUCAAUGUUUUUCGCCGUUUGCACCGCAUUUUUGCGCACGCGUGGUUUCAGCAUCGGAGUGUAUUCUGGGCAGUUGAAGGACAGAGUGGACUGUACGUCUUCUUCAAGACAGUAUGCGAUCUGUAUGAUUUGUUGCCCGCAGAGAAUUACAAGCUUCCGCCGGAAGCCGAGGGCCUCGAGGCUACAGACAUUAGCCACGACGCGGCUGCAAACAAGUCACCAACCGCGACAGCACCCCCAAGAGUUUAUUCGAGAAUUCUGAAGCCAAGCUCACCACCGCAAGACAAUUCUAGCGGUGCAACAAGUCCGGAAGACCACCUGCAGCCGCAUGGACGGACCGCGACGAGGCGGCACAUCAGAAGUAACCCUUCGACAGGGAGCGCUGUGAUGACUGUGAUGGAGACGGACGAAGAAGACACGGACGCAGUGACACGAAGACUGGAUGUCAUGCAUAUGAGUAUUUCAUCGCCGCCAAAUUUGUCCCGGUUCGCAGACGAGCCGGAGGUUGCAAAGGCGUCUUCCGUCGUGGACGAGGCAUCGGAGGGCAUAUCAAUGGCACAAUCAACCGAAACAAAUGAGGCUGAUGAUAAGCCCGGGGAGAUUGACAAGACUGGCGCAAAAAGAACCACUAGUGAAGAGCCAGAGGCAGGGUCGGCAGUUGCUGAAAAGAGCGCUAAAGUGAAGGAGCCUACAGCCGAGGAAGCCUCCACCACACCAGCAGCACCAGAUACUUCAUCAGACCCAACGACAGAGGCAAAGACGAGAGAGGAGAUCGGGGGCGCUACUUCUGGUGACCGGGACGGGCCAGUGACAGACCAUCCGGGGCAAGAUGCUCCAGUCAAGCAAGAUGCUGAGGCGAUUAGUGAGGUAGCAGGCGCUUCGACUAGUGACAGCGAUGCCGCUGAUACGCUUUCAACCCCCUCAACGACGGCCUCGGACUCAUCUCCCACGACGGAAAAAAACGCAGAGGACGAUGCUCAGUAA